UGCAGUUUCCAGGUUGUUAGCAGGAGGAACCACUGCUUGAUUGACGGUGCAACCGCUUCGAAAUUAUAACGAAAGGGUCGCACCAAUGCUAUUCUCCCUUAACCUUUUGAACCUAUACGAACCCAAUAUUGCCGGAGAUGGUCAAGUUCAGAAGCUGGUGUUGCUAAACUUGGUUAUCUACAGCAGCUUCAAAGCUCAUCUGGUUCUCCACGACAUUGUUUGAUAGUUUUGGUAUCGAGACGACCUCAUUACUCUUAGCUGAACUACCAGGGUCGUUUUUCAACUUCGUUUGCCUUUGAGAAAAGAGAGUGCGACAACAGCCUGCCGGUAUCUUAAUCUGCCGAAUUGGACUAAACAACAGAGCCUCACCAACGACCGCCCUCGAAUUUGAACACAAACAAAAUAAGAAUAACUAUUUUGUUGCUCUUAUCAAAACACCCCCUCAAACAGACUAGACCGAAAUUGCCAUCACGCGCAGGAAGCUUCACGCAAGGUCAGCUCCCAAGAGUAAGCCGGAGACGGUAGAUCGACCUCAGCUGUGCCGUUCAUUGGGCUUCGACUGCCCACCAUUCUAUCUCACCCAGGUCUGGGUUCCAAAAUCAGGGCAUUGGCAGCAGCCGCAAGUGUACAAGCAAGACUCUUUAGCGAGAUCUCAUCCCAUUUAUCCGCAGCGAUGGGUGGCGGAUCAGGGAACUCGCGGUUCCGGAAGAUCCAGAGCUUUCAAACCGACUAUGCUCCCGCAACCAUCACUCAAUAUGAGUCCCUGAGAAGCGGCAUGCAGGUCAUUGUGGCCGAUCGCAAAGGCCCCAAGAUCAACGGCUAUUUCACGCUAGCAACUGAGAUAUUCGAUGACUCUGGUGCACCGCAUACCCUAGAACAUCUGGUUUUUAUGGGUUCUCGUAGUUACCAGUAUAAGGGUCUGCUCGACAAGCUUGCUUCGCGAGCUUACUCAGGCACCAACGCCUGGACGGCUGUCGACCAUACUGCAUACACAUUGGAAUCGGCUGGUUGGGAUGGUUUUGCCCAAAUUCUACCCGUAUACCUCGAGCACGUCAUCGCUCCGACUAUCACCGACGAGGGCUGCCUUACCGAAGUCCACCACGUUGAUGGCGAAGGUAACGAUGCAGGUGUUGUAUACUCUGAGAUGCAGGCACUGGAAAACACAAGUGGUGAGCUUAUGUCGUUGCGGGCCAAGCGUCUUCUCUAUCCCGAGAAUGUUGGCUUUCGUUACGAGACAGGUGGAAUGAUGGAAGCUUUGAGGGUCUUGACCCCCGAAAGAAUUCGCGAGUUCCACAAAGUUAUGUAUCAGCCACGCAACUUGGCUUUGGUCAUUGUUGGAGAGACAGACCACGAGAACCUCCUUCAAAUUCUAGAUGAGUUUGAAGAAAGCAUUGCGGAUGUGAUACCGUCUCUCGAUACCCCAUUUCAGCGGCCCUGGAUUGACUCUGCCCAGCCUCCUCCGAUCAAGGAGACAGUCGUUGAGACAGUUGAGUUUCCCGAGGAGGACGAGUCAACGGGCGAGGUCAUCAUGGCCUUUUUCGGUCCGAGCUGUACCGACAUUGUACAAUCCUCCGCACUCAACGUACUUCUCACCUACCUCUGUGGCUCAUCUGUGUCGGUGCUUGAAAACGUCAUGGUGGAAAAGGAGGAGCUGGCAAGCUCUAUUGGCUACUGGUGGGACGCCCGACCUGACACGGUCAUCUGGUUUGAACCGACCGGUGUAGCAACGGAGAAGCUUGCUUUCGUGGAGCAGAGACUCAUAUCUUUGCUAAAGGAGGUUGCUGGGAAACCGCUCGACAUGAAAUACAUGAAGGAAUGUAUCAGCCGCGAGAAAAGACAGGUGAAGUACCACGCCGAGGCUUCUGAGCAGUUCUAUUCAAACAAUAUCAUAAACGACUACCUCUUUGGCAAACGAGACGGCUCAACUCUCAAGGAGAUGGAGAGCCUGGACGAGUACGACGUUCUGGACCAGUGGACAGAUGAGCAGUGGCGCCAAUUUCUGAGGAGGUGGUUCUCAGACGCCAACCAUAUCUCUAUCCUGGGCAAACCAUCUAUGGAGCUCGCAGACAAGCUCAAGAAAGCAGAGGAGGAGCGUAUUGCCAAGAGGAAGCAGGAGCUCGGCCCUGAGGGACUCAAGAAGCUUGCGGAACGUCUCGAGGCUGCAAAACAGAAGAACGAGGUACCGAUACCGGAAUCUGUCAUUGACAAAUGGCCUGUUCCUGGUACAGAAUCGAUCCACUUCAUCGAGUCCAAAACUGCGCGGUCUGGCAAGGCUCGAGCCCUUGGCACACCAUCUAACUCAGCCCAAACGCAUAUCGACGGCGCAAAGUCGGGCAAACCCCUUUUCGUGCAGUUCGAGGACGUACCGAGCAACUUUGUCCAUAUAACUGUCCACAUUGGAACAGCGCCGGCAGCAACGAAGCUGAUGCCGUUGCUCUCACUGUUUAGCGACAACUUCUUUAACACCCCUAUUAUGCGAGAUGGCAAGAAGAUUGACUUUGAGGAUGUGGUUAUGGAGCUGGAGAAAGAAACCAUUAGCUAUCACUUUAGCUAUGGCUCACGUAUUGGUGACUACGAGAGCAUGAUCCUGCAGUUCCAGAUCGAGCCCGAGAAGUACGCCACAAUCGUGCGCUGGAUCCGUACAAUGCUCUUCGAUAGCAUCUUUGACCCACAGCGUAUCAAGGCUUGCGUGGCUAAGGCGCUCGCCGAUAUCCCAGAGUACAAGCGUGACGGCAAACAGAUGUCUACAGAGGUGGAGAUGGGCUUGCAUUCGGCAAAGAACUCGCUGCAUACAUCCAAGAGGACGCUCGUCAAGGCAGUGUAUCUCCGCAGGCUCAAGAAACUACUCGAGAAGGAUCCCGACACCGUCAUAUCGUGGUUCGAGGAGCUUCGCAAGACCCUUUUCACCUUCGAAAAUACACGUGUGCUUGUGACCGCCGAUGUCACCAAGCUCGGGAACCCAGUAGCGACGUGGGAUACACUAACGGACGCUUUCAAGUCUCAUGAAGCAAAGGAGAUGAUACCCAUUGUCAAGCCUGAAACGAUGCUUAACGAUGAGGGCCGCAACCCCGGGUCCAUCGGCGCCGUCAUCGUUCCAAUGACUACUCUCGACUCGUCUUAUGGCGUGAGCACGACCAAGGGCUUCACGUCCUACAUGGACCCGCGCCUACCCGCCUUUAUGGUGGCGGUCGGCUACCUCGAGGCCGUCGAGGGCCCGCUAUGGAACGCAGUGCGUGGCAAUGGCCUCGCGUACGGCGUCUCCUUCAGCCGAGAGCUCGACUGUGGCCUCCUGCAUUACAAGGUCUAUCGCUCCCCCGACGCCUCCAAAGCCAUUGAGGCCAGCCGCGCCGCUGUCGAGGCCAUCGCGACGGGUAAAGCUCCACUCGAGAAGAACCUGAUCGAGGGCGCAGUGUCCGGCAUUGUUAUGGGCUUUGCCGACGAGCAGUCUACCAUGGCCGCCGCUGCACAGCAGAACUACAUGAUCGGCGUCAUUCGUGGCUUAGACCCCGAAUGGAGCCGCCAAAUGAUGGCUGCCGUCCGUCACGUCACGCAUGAAGAGAUCCGCAGCGUCAUCAACGAUGUUAUUAUGCCCGUGUUCAAGCCAGGCUCUAGCAACGUCGUCGUGACGUGUGCGCCCCUGUCUCAAGAGUCCAUCGACAAGGCCCUGGAGACAAUGGGUUACAAGACCCAGAUCCAACCUCUAUCGCACUUCCAUGACAAUUAUGGCUUCGAGGCGGUAGACGGCGAAGAUGAUGACGUUGAAGAUAGUGAUGACAGUGAGGGUAGCGAGGAAGGCAGCGAUGACGAGGACGACGAGUCGGGCUCGGAGGCGUGACGACUUUGCGAGACGCUGUUUGUCUACUGACAACAAUCACCGCAACGAUACCGCAGGUUCGAGAUCGAUAGCUAGUAAUUCGAGUUGGACAGAUAGCCCAAGUCGAGGUGUCGAGCAGAUCCAAUGAAUUAGACAUGGACAACUUCUGCAGGGACAAAGUUGAACUCUUUCGUUGCACAUGUGAUGAACUUGACAUUGCCAAACUGCACACAAUGAUCGACGCUGUUGUCUUUCGGAUCGGUAUGAAGACCAGUAUAAAUAUCUAAGAUUCUCUAAAAUUUUAAUAUCUAGAAUCUUUUGAGACACGCAGAAAAGCCAGGAUACUUUUUCUUUCCCCAAAGUUUCUAUGGUCUAUAUCGUUGGGGCUUUGUAAUGCUUUGACAUGAUUGAAUGCAUUUGCCAACAUGCAAGACACUAAAAUUCAAAUGAAAGAAACAGAUCACAGAUUAUCGAAGAACCGAAACUAUAUGC